AUGGGUAACGGUGCCAGAGCCCAGCAGAAGCGCGAGCGCAAUGCAGACAAAGGUCCCAAGGGCCCUGCCAGUCAAUUGAAAGCAAACGCAGCUGCACAAACUUACAAAUGCAAGACCUGCUUCCAAACCUUCCAGAGCACCACCGCACGCAAGGCUCUCGAAGCUCACGCCACUGAUCGCCACUCCAAGCAGGCCGAAGAAUGUUUUGACUUCAAAUAA